AUGAAUUUCUGGACGGUCCGAAAGAAAACUAUUAGCUUCGAUAAAUCUCGAAAAGGAAUAAUUGAUUUUCGAAAUCAUGGAGAUAUUUUUGGGUCCAUAUUUGUAUUAAAAAUUGUGACAUUGGGUUUCACCAAUACCAUGAAAGCGAUAACAUUGUGCAAACGCUUGCUCGGUUUUUCAGGUGUUUGGCCAUUGGAAAUUCGGGACUCUUUGUUCCUACCAUUACUAUUUUACGGAUUUAUUACAAAUUCUACGUCGGAAUAUAAAUUACCUUAUAAAAUAAAGCCGUUAUUAAAGCCGUACGAUGCAAAAACUUAUGCAUUUGGUUGCAUACAUGAAUUUUUACGUAUAUUAAUGAUCAUUUCCGCUAAUAGUGGUACUGAUUGUUUAUUGGCUUCUACCGGUUUUCAUCUUACCGGUCAAUUGGCCAUACUGAACUGUAGAGCGAAGGAAAUUUUAAAGGAAACCGAUGUUUCUCAGCAAGGAAUUCAUAAGAUAAUUCUUCGACAUCAUCGUUUGAUAAGAUUAGCGGAUAUAUUAGAGGAUAGUUUUAGCGUCGUCAUUUGUCAACAAUUAUUAGGUACAACUAUACAAAUUUGUAUAUCGAGUUAUCAAAUACUCUCCAGUUUAGCUGUAUUAGAAGGAAUCGGUAUAAUAAUUUUCGGUCUACACAUUUUUGUUUUGUUGAGUACGUUGUUCACUUAUUGUUACAUCGGUGAUUGUCUCAUCGAAGAAAGCACGAACUUAUGUCUGGCGCUUUAUCAUUGCGACUGGUACGAGUUAUCGACGAUCGAUAUGAAAUCGAUUUACAUUUGCAUGAUUCGCUCUAGGAAACCAUUGCAAUUGACUUGCGCAAAAUUUUGCGUCAUUUCCUUGCGUACUUUUACCAUCGUAAUGAAGACAUCAAUGGCGUAUCUAUCAGUAUUACGAACGUUUAUGGAGACAAAAUUAUGAAAUAAUUAGUCUUGAAUAAUAAUAAUUAGAAUAUUAUUAUUGAAAUUUUGAUAAAACUUUUGAAUAUAUUGCAUGUAAUA